UCCGGUGCCGGGUGGGCAGAACCAGCGGGUGCUGAUUACGGGCGACGCUGUUCCGCUGCUGCUUUCUCCUCGCCUCCCCCUCCCUGUCUCCCCGCCCUCCCCUUGCAGAGUAGCGGGACCGGCCUUGAUGUAGGGACACCACCCUCCGCCUCUCUCCGCCCUAGCUCGGGACUCCGGCUCACCGCAGCCCGCUGCGCGCCCGCGUCUCCACCCUGCCAGCCGCGCUCUGCUCCCAGCCCAUUGUAUCCUCCCCAUCCCCGGGCUCAGACUCCGAGGCCAGGCCGUGGCGGGAAGAUCGGGGACCUCUGUGCAUCCCUCCAGCCGGUCCCGCGAGUCGGGGCCCCUCCCCCGCUUGCCGUCCUUGCAACGGUGCGGUAGCUGCGAGGGCGCCCUUCCCUUUCUGCUAAGGCUGAGACGGCCGACUGGCGGGCAGCAGGGACGUACCCCCCUCCCCCAGCCCCAGCGGCGAGCACCCCCCCACACACCCGUCCCCUUCCUGGGGGAAGGAGAGCCGAAGCCCGAGCGAGCCGAGGCAGGAAAAGGCAGCCGUGGACUGCCCGGCUCGCAGAUCAUUUUUAUUAUCGAGAUCAUUAUUAAAAGGGGGCGGGGAGCCCAGGAUGCGGGGGAGGGGGCUAGAGACGCAGCUAUUUUUAUUAAACAGAUUAUUCCUGAAAUAAUACGCGCAAGAUGGCUGAAGGUGGCUGUGAUGAGAGUGUUGGGGGGUUUUUUCUUCCUUUUUUUGAUCUGAGGAUAAAGCUCUGAGACGACAGCCGCUGCGGAGACCCUGCCCGGAGUGCCCUCCCCAGAUGAGAAGCAGCGGGCGGACAAACGGACCUACCGACGGAGCAACUGGCGCGGGCCCGCCCCGGACGCGUCGCCUGGGCAGCAGCCGGGGGCCGCGGGCGCUCGCCUUUCUCCGACUUCUUCCAAUUCUAAUCUUUUUUUAUAUUUUGGAAAGAACCGGGGUGGGUGGAGCAGAGGUGGAGAGAAAUCGGGACUUGGCAUUUUCUCCCUUCUCUCUCUCCUAAUUUGAGGGAGGCUGCCAGCCCUCUCCUUAAAAAAAAAAUCCCACCACAAAAAAAAAAACAAAACAAAACAGAGAGAGAGAUAUAGAAAGAACGCUGCAGGACCCUCCAGCGAGCACGCUCGAACCCCCGGCCGCCACCGCGGCGGCCGCCGGGAGCCCAAGAUGGCUGGGCGCUGAGGGAGGCAGUCCGGCUCGGCUAGCUUGGCCCGGCCCCGCCGCCGCGGGCUGGCUCCGACCGCAGCCCCGAAGGCCGGAGGAGAGGCCGAGAAGAAAAGAAAGUGGGGGGGGAGGGGGGCCGGGGUGGCGAAGGGGGAGGGCCGGGGGGGAGGGGAGGGCCGGGAGCCGAGCCUCCUGUUCAUUAGCAGUUGAGAAAAAUUCCUUUCUAGUUUGAUCAAUCCUUGUUUUCCUCGGCAGAGCCGGGGCGCCCGCCCAGCGCGGAGACGGAGAGCGGGGUCUCUCGCGGCGGGGGCGCCCGGCGCCGGGCCUCGGGGGAGCGCAGAAGUAGCGACGAGGGGGUCAGGCCGGAGCACCGACGGGGCUUCUUCUCCCUCCCUUUCUGUGCCCCGGAGUCGGCCCGCCUGCGCCCCGCAGCCCGCACCCGCAGACGGCCGGCCAGCCGGGGGGCGCCCGCGCCGCGGCCCGGGGACCGGCUUGCCUCUCCCGCCUGGUCCGGAUCUAGCAGUCCUUGGCGCGGCCGCACUCGCUUCUCCGGCCUCUCCGACCCUGGACGAGGCGAGGGAGGCGCAGCGCCGGCGAGCCAGGAGAGAGCCACCAUUGCCGCUGCCGUCGCUGGAAGAAGUGUGCGGCUCCCGGGCUCUGUCCGCCUUGGGGCGCGCCCCAAUGUCAGCCUCGGGGCCGAGUGCAGGCCGUGGGCCGCCGCUGCCCUAGCCGCGCCGACCGGGAGGCGGCCUCUUAUAUGGAAUUUGGACCCCGGCACUCCCCUCCAGGGCUGGUGCCCCGGCCGCGGCCCUGGCGCAGUCCGCCGUCUCCCGCUAGGCGCUCGGCAGGAGGAGGAGGAGACGCAGCCGGCUGCGCGCGCUGCGUGAGGACCGAGGCUCCCUCCUCUGGGGGGCGGGCGCGCGGAAGGCGCUGGUGACUGAGCGACUCUCGGGGCCGCCGGGGCCCGGAGCUCGGGGCUUGGUGGGCCUGUAGUGGCACCGGACGGACCCCCAGGGUUGGGGAGUUGGGGAGACCUGCCCGGGCCCCCUGCCCGCAGCCGCUAUGGCGGAGAAUUGGAAGAACUGCUUCGAGGAGGAGCUCAUCUGCCCCAUCUGCCUCCAUGUCUUCGUGGAGCCGGUGCAAUUGCCGUGCAAACACAACUUCUGUCGGGGCUGCAUUGGCGAGGCGUGGGCCAAGGACAGCGGCCUGGUGCGCUGCCCAGAGUGCAACCAGGCCUACAACCAGAAGCCGGGCCUGGAGAAGAACCUGAAGCUCACCAACAUCGUGGAGAAGUUCAACGCCCUGCACGUGGAGAAGCCGCCGGCGGCGCUGCACUGCGUGUUCUGCCGCCGUGGCCCCCCGCUGCCGGCGCAGAAGGUCUGCCUGCGCUGCGAGGCUCCCUGCUGCCAGUCCCACGUGCAGACGCACCUGCAGCAGCCCUCCACCGCCCGCGGGCACCUCCUGGUGGAGGCGGACGACGUGCGGGCCUGGAGCUGCCCGCAACACAACGCCUACCGCCUUUACCACUGCGAGGCCGAGCAGGUGGCCGUGUGCCAGUACUGCUGCUACUACAGCGGUGCGCAUCAGGGACACUCGGUGUGCGACGUGGAGAUCCGGAGGAAUGAGAUCCGGAAGAUGCUGAUGAAGCAGCAGGACCGGCUGGAGGAGCGAGAGCAGGACAUUGAGGACCAACUGUACAAACUCGAGUCAGACAAGCGCCUGGUGGAGGAGAAGGUGAGCCAGCUGAAGGAGGAAGUGCGGCUGCAGUACGAGAAGCUGCACCAGCUGCUGGACGAGGACCUGCGGCAGACGGUGGAGGUCCUGGACAAGGCCCAGGCCAAGUUCUGCAGCGAGAACGCAGCGCAGGCGCUGCAUCUCGGGGAGCGCAUGCAGGAGGCCAAGAAGCUGCUGGGCUCCCUGCAGCUGCUCUUCGACAAGACGGAGGACGUCAGCUUCAUGAAGAACACCAAGUCUGUGAAAAUCCUAAUGGACAGGACCCAGACCUGCACAGGCAGCAGCCUUUCUCCCCCUAAGAUCGGCCACUUGAACUCCAAGCUCUUCCUGAACGAGGUGGCCAAGAAGGAGAAGCAGCUACGGAAGAUGCUAGAAGGCCCCUUCAGCACACCGGUGCCCUUCCUGCAGAGCGUCCCCCUGUACCCUUGUGGUGUGAGCAGCUCUGGGGCGGAAAAGCGCAAGCACUCGACGGCCUUCCCUGAGGCCAGUUUCCUAGAGACGUCGUCGGGCCCCGUGGGCAGCCAGUAUGGGGCAGCGAGCACAGCCAGCGGCGAGGGCCAGUCAGGGCAGCCCCUGGGCCCCUGCAGCUCCACGCAGCACUUGGUGGCCCUGCCGGGCGGCGCCCAACCAGUGCACUCAAGUCCUGUGUUCCCCCCAUCGCAGUAUCCCAAUGGCUCCGCCGCCCAGCAGCCCAUGCUCCCCCAGUAUGGGGGCCGCAAGAUUCUCGUCUGUUCUGUGGACAACUGUUACUGUUCUUCCGUGGCCAACCAUGGCGGCCACCAGCCCUACCCCCGCUCCGGCCACUUCCCCUGGACAGUGCCCUCACAGGAGUACUCACACGCGCUCCCGCCCACACCUUCCGUCCCCCAGUCCCUUCCCAGCCUGGCGGUCAGAGACUGGCUCGACGCCUCCCAGCAGCCUGGCCACCAGGAUUUCUACAGGGUGUACGGGCAGCCGUCCACCAAACACUACGUGACGAGCUAACGCUACGCGGGCGGUGGGGCGCUGGGGAGUCUUCCCCCUCAGCCCCCAGUGGCUCGGGAAUGACGCAUCCAGAGACCUGCCCUUCUACCUUCCUGUCCUCCCUCCCUUCCUCCUUCAUUUCCCCAAGUCUUUUCCUUUUGGAUUUUGUUUUGUUUGGGGCUUGUUUUGAUUUUUUUUUUAUUACGAAUCUCCUGGACUCUGAGGUGACAGUGGGAGCUGGCCUGGGCCGGGGCUGCAGGUGGCUCUGGAGUUGGGAAAGCGUCUACCUCAAGGCGCUGAGCUCUCUCUCUGUCUCUCCUUUUUUCUUCCACUCCUUCCCCUACCCACCCCCGUGGCUGGAAGGAGCCUCAGCUUCCCCUAAAGCCUUGGGGGUAGCGGCAGUUUCCAACCCUCCUCAGCCAGCCCUGGGAGGAGGGACCAGUGCCCACUGGCCUGCUUCUCCUCUUCUUUUUCUUUUGGGCAGUUUGAUCACUGACUAAAUAAGGAAUGACCUGUAGAUUGUGGGGCUUUUUUUUUUUUUUUUUAAUUUUUUUUAAAACCAAGAAUGAUUUCUCCUGCUUCCUUCUCACCAUCCUCCCAGACGGAGUUCAAAGGCCACUUCUCAAGCAGCUUUGGCACCUUCAGCCUCAGAAUGGAAUCUUAAAGACAGGAACCCCCAUGUCCAGGAAAGGGGAAAGGAACCUUGCCAAUGAUAGUGACCACAGCAGAAGCAAAUAAUAAUAAUAUUAAUAAUAAUAAAGAGAAAUAAAAGAAAUAAUAAAAAAAAAAUCCAUAGCACAGCCCUUGUUGAGGUCAGCGGGAGAGGAGGGGCUGCCGGGAGUUGGGUCCUUGCCUGGAUUUUGACACAGCGACUUCCUGUAGUGAGCACUUUGUAUGAAUCGUGGACUUCCUGUUCUCAAGGCGCAGGUAUUUAUUCUGUAAUCUGUCUAGAGCACACACCGAAAUCCAACCUUCUAAUAAACAUAAUGGCGCAGUCCCA